AGUGGAUGCGCGAAGGGUGAGAUGCAGACAGGCCAGGGGUCGCUCUCCGCAAUAUUAGCGAGCCCGGAACCUCUUGGCGCCCUCUUCUCGAACACGUUGCUAGAAAGAGCUCACUGGACCCCCUCUCCAUCACCCAUCUCGAGCGUCGCCCACGACCCCUUCUUCUUCACUUCCUUUUGUCUCCUUUCGCUUCGCUUGGGCCUCAAGACUCGCAACUAUGAGCGGCCUCCGGUUCCUCGAUCUCGUCAAACCCUUCGUACCUCUCGUCCCUGAGAUCCAGCUCCCCGAGAGCAAGGUGCCCUUUAACAACCGCCUGGUAUGGACCGGUCUGACGUUGCUGGUCUUCUUGGUCAUGAGCCAAAUGCCGCUGUACGGCAUUGUCUCCUCUGACACAUCGGACCCAUUGUACUGGCUACGUAUGAUGAUGGCUAGUAACAGAGGAACACUGAUGGAGCUGGGUAUUACUCCCAUCAUCUCCUCUGGCAUGGUCUUCCAGCUCCUCGCUGGCACCCACCUCAUCGACGUCAAUCUCGACCUCAAGUCCGACCGCGAGCUCUACCAGACUGCCCAGAAGCUCCUGGCCAUCCUCCUGUCCUUCGGUCAGGCCGUCGUCUAUGUCAUCUCUGGUCUCUACGGACAGCCUUCUGACCUUGGUGCUGGUAUCUGCGUUCUCCUCGUUCUCCAGCUCAUGAUCGCUGGUCUGAUUGUCAUCCUCCUCGAUGAGCUGCUGCAGAAGGGCUAUGGUCUUGGCAGUGGUAUUUCGCUCUUCAUUGCGACCAACAUCUGCGAGUCGAUCAUGUGGAAGGCAUUCUCGCCCACUACCAUCAACACUGGUCGUGGUCCUGAGUUCGAGGGUGCCAUCAUUGCCCUGGUCCAUCUGCUCUUCACCUGGCCCAACAAGACCGUCGCUCUUCGCGAGGCUUUCUAUCGCCAGAACCUGCCCAACGUCAUGAACCUGAUCUCGACGGUCAUUGUCUUCGGCGCUGUCAUCUACCUCCAGGGUUUCCGCGUUGAGAUCCCCGUUAAGUCUGCUCGCCAGCGCGGUGUCCGCGGCUCGUACCCCGUCCGCCUGUUCUACACCUCCAACAUGCCCAUCAUGCUGCAGUCAGCUCUGUCCUCCAACGUCUUUCUGAUCAGCCAGAUGCUGUACAGCCGCUUCUCUGACAACCUCCUUGUCCAGCUUCUCGGCGUUUGGGAACCCAAGGAGGGCUCUGCUCAGCUUUUCGCUACCUCUGGAAUCGCCUACUACAUGUCCCCCCCUCUUAGCAUCACUGAGGCGCUCUCCGACCCUCUGAAGACAGCUGUCUUCAUCGUCUAUAUGCUCGUUGCCUGCGCUGUCUUCUCUAAGACCUGGAUCGAGGUGUCUGGUUCAUCUCCCCGCGAUGUCGCCAAGCAGCUCAAGGAGCAGGGCCUCGUUAUGGCUGGUCACCGUGAGGAGUCUAUGUACAAGGAGCUCAAGCGUGUCAUUCCCACUGCUGCCGCUUUUGGUGGUGCCUGCAUUGGUGCCCUCUCCGUUGGCAGCGAUCUUCUCGGUGCUCUUGGCAGCGGAACCGGUAUCCUGCUUGCUGUCACUAUUAUCUACGGCUACUUUGAGAUCGCUGCCAAGGAGGGUGACAUGUCCGGUCUCAAGGGUAUGGUCAUGGGCUAAAUACUCCAAUAGGAGAGUAAAGGCCAGUUGGUGUGAUUUAAGGAUUCUUGUUUUGUAUUGAAUUGAGAAAAGGGAAGCAUCUAGAUGCUAGAAAGCAUUUGUACACUAUAAACGUCACGAUCCAAAAGCACGCAUUGCCGGGGGCCCUGCUUGGUCCAAGUUCAAAAGUCUGAU